GGCAGACUCGCACUGGCGUCUAUGAUCUACUAGUGGCGUUUGUUGGACGUAGCUGGCCCUUGAUGGGCUUAUGCUUCUGAUCGCAUAUGGUCCACUUGGCCAGCAAAGGCUGCUAAAGAACUUACCGUUAUCUGCCGCCCUACCCUCAUAAAAGCUGUAUUUUGUUCCACCGUGCUUUCUCAUUCUGCUGCUAUGUCGUAUCCCGACCCAGAAGAUCGCAAGCAUGUUAACCCACAACGAAAAUCCGACGAAAAACCUAUUCGAAAAGUUCACAGAUCCAAGGAUGUAAAGGAUUCUGAGGAGGAAUUCGAACUACCUAGGGAAUUUGUAGGCAGUUCCUCGAACCACGACAGGUUCGCAAGUCGUGGAAAGCAGGAUGAGCAUCUAAGACGAAUGCCACAGGCACAAAUGCAAUCGAGCAUCUGGCCAAAUCCUCCUACUCAACAUUCCAGUAUACAGCCACCUCGUCAGGCUGGCAAUCAUUCACACCAUUCACCUGUACAACAUGCUCCCGUGCAACAUUUCUCUGCACACCACGCUCCUGCACAACAUGCUUCCGAUCCGUACGCUCUUGCACAACUUGCUCCCGCGCAACACACUUCUGCGCAUCAUGCUUCUGCUCAACGUCAUUCUGCUCAUCCUGCUCCCACGCAACACUCCUCCGUACACCACGCUCCUGGCCAACAUGCUCCCGCGCAACACUCCUCCGCACACCACGCUCCUGCGCAACAUUCCUCCGCACACCACGCCCCUGUCCAACAUGCUCCCGCGCAACAUUUCUCUGCACACCACGCUCCUGCCCAACAUUUCUCCACACACCACGGACCUGCCCAGCAUGCUCCCGCGCAACAUUUCUCUGCACACCACGCUCCUGCACAACAUGCUCCCGCGCAACAUUUCUCUGCACACCACGCCCCUGCCCAACAUGCUCCCGCGCAACAUUUCUCUGCACACCAAGCCCCUGUCCAACAUGCUCCCGCGCAACAUUUCUCUGCACACCAAGCCCCUGCCCAACAUUUCUCCGCACACCACGCUCCUGCUCAAUAUUAUCCCGCGCAACGUCCCCCUGCACAACAUGCUCCCGCACAGUACCCACCUGCACAGUACCCCUCAGCUCAGUUUCCUCCCGCACAUUACCCACCAGCUCCACCAGGCCGAAGGUGAGCAAUGGUUCAGGCUCUAGGUAUUCAUCAUUUGCUGUGUGACUGCUACGAAUCCUGUACUACGUCAGAUGUAACAUUAACGCAUUUCCGGUUAUUCCAAAUAUGUACAACAAAGAAAAGUGAUGGAACGUUGAUUAUGAUUUGACAAAACUUCACAUGUUCCUCAAAGAAAUUCAUCUCAUGUCUACUUAGCGCAAUGCAGUGUUUGUCUUCCGAAACUCAUAGCCAGUACGUGUUGAGGAAUUCUCAAACAUUCGCUCGCACAGUAUCGAGAUCACUACUAAGAACACCCUAGGGCUAGAAGUUAAUAGUACUUGCUCGAGCCGACGGUACACCGGAUUAAUAUAUAUAGUUUCACAGCCUUGAGCCCUGCAGUGGCACUUAUUUGGUC